CCACUAGAACACAUUUGAGAAUCGUGACUCACUGACUGAACCGUUCUUUACGACCGACACCCAACGCAUUUGGAAUAUAUUACUAAACAUUUAUUAUAUAUCUAGCUAGCUGAGUUAUAAACAGCGCCACGAUUUAGCUUGAUAGGAUUGACAUGUUACAUUUUCGGUCUUCGGUAGUGCUCAAGGAGUUGUUUCAAUCUAACCUGAAGCGCCCUUUGACAGGUAUCGCCAGAAAGACAUCACCAUCAGUCGCGUAUUGCUUUAGCAUCGCCUGUACAGAUGUCAGAUCCGUGACCAAAGUAAAGUGUCUCCAGCAUGCGGUUGGAUGGAGAGCUUCGCCAUACACUACCAACGCCCAUGGAACUCGAAACCUCUCCACCAAGAGCGACGACGGUUCGGUGCCACCGCCAACGGACACCAAAAAUGACACCUCCACCAGCAAUGAAACCGCCAACAAGGAGGCAGCUGCCGAGAAGAGAAGGAAGGCAGGCAUCCUGCCCAGUCUGGAGGAUUUGCUCUUCUACACCAUUGCCGGGGGCGCUGAAAAAAUCCCGGCUCACAAAUUCACCACAGCGCUGAAAGCCACAGGGCUUCGGACCGGAGACCCCCGGCUGAAGGAAUGUAUGGAGAACCUGAAAGUCAUCAUGAAGACCACGUCAGACGGAAACCUGGACCGACACCUCUUCAAGAAGUGUGUCCAGAGCAACAUCGUGCUGCUCACCCAGGCCUUCAGGAAGAAGUUUGUUAUCCCCGACUUUGUGUCCUUCGCCUCCGAAAUCGACGCGCUCUAUGAGAAUGCCAAAAACCUGGGAGGGGGACAGGUGGCUGACUACAUUCCCCAGCUGGCCAGGUUCAGCCCGGACCUCUGGGCCGUGUCCAUAUGCACUGUGGAUGGACAAAGACACACAGCGGGUGACACCAAAGUCCCGUUCUGCCUGCAGUCGUGUGUAAAGCCGCUGAAGUAUGCCAUCGCCGUGCACGACCACGGGACAGAGUAUGUGCACCGUUUCAUUGGCAAAGAGCCCAGCGGCCUGCGCUUCAACAAACUAUUCCUCAACGAGGAAGAUAAACCACAUAACCCUAUGGUUAACGCCGGUGCUAUUGUGUGCACGUCCCUCCUAAAGCAAGGGGCAAGCAAUGCUGAGAAAUUUGAUUAUGUCAUGAACUUCAUGAACAAGCUGGCAGGAAACGAGUAUGUGGGUUUCAGCAAUGCCACAUUCCAGUCAGAGAGGGAGUCUGGAGAUCGUAACUUUGCUAUCGGCUACUACCUUAAGGAGAAGAAGUGCUUUCCAGAGGGGACAGACAUGACCUCCAUUUUAGACCUCUACUUCCAGCUGUGCUCCAUCGAGGUGACCUGUGAAAGCGCUAGCGUCAUGGCAGCCACCCUGGCCAAUGGCGGCUUCUGUCCAAUCACAGGCGAGCGCGUGCUGGGCCCAGAGGCGGUACGGAACACCCUGAGCCUCAUGCACUCCUGCGGCAUGUACGACUUCUCGGGACAGUUCGCUUUCCACGUUGGACUUCCAGCUAAGUCGGGCGUGGCAGGGGGCAUCCUGCUGGUGGUGCCCAACGUCAUGGGUAUCAUGUGCUGGUCCCCUCCACUGGACAAGCUGGGUAACAGUGUACGAGGAAUCCAGUUCUGCACGGAUCUGGUGUCCCUUUGCAACUUCCACAACUACGACAACCUGAAGCACUUUGUCAAGAAGCUGGAUCCUCGCAGGGAGGGCGGAGACCAGAGGGUGAAGUCGGUCAUCAAUCUUCUGUUUGCUGCGUACACUGGAGAUGUGUCUGCACUGAGGAGGUUUGCUCUGUCUUCCAUGGACAUGGAGCAGAGGGACUAUGACUCCAGGACAGCCCUCCAUGUGGCUGCAGCAGAAGGGCAUGUGGAGGUGGUCAAGUUCCUGUUGGAGGCAUGCAGGGUCAACCCUGUUCCCAAAGACAGGUGGGGUAACACACCGAUGGAAGAGGCAGUGCACUUUGGACACCACGACGUUGUGACCAUGCUCCAGGACUACAACAACAAGUACAGUCCACCAGGGGGUGCCACUGAGGACAAAGAGAAGGAGAUAUCAGAGAAGAACAUUGAUGGCCUACUAUGAGCCAACUAAUACUCUUAUAUAUCCAUUGAAAUAAAAUAACUAGAACGGACGUUCCCAUUGAAAUUAUAUAUAUGUGACCUGAGCAGCUUGGUCCUUUCCAGUCAUUCUAUUUCUAUGUCCCCAUUAACUAUCCGUGUGUGGUCCCUUUGUCAUGUCAGUAGUAGGUCACGUGUAUUGUUGAUUUUGUAUAAAAGUAUUGUAUUUCUAGUAUUUUAAAAAACGACAACGUGUUUAAAAAAUAUAUAUUGACCUUUGACUUUUUCCCGGAUGUUUUUUGGGUUGUUUCCUUUCGCUUCGCUUUUUUUAUGUCAUACUGCUCACUGCACAACUCUCCCUCGGUGUGUCAGCACUAUGUGUAAUGUAUUUUCUACAUUUAAGUGCACAAAACAUUUCUCUUUAUGUACAACAUUGUGUAAAACCUGAACGUAUCCAUAAGAUAACGUGUACAUUUAUGUAACGUGUGUGUAUAUCCCUGAAAGUAAUAAUAUCAGAGGUAGAUGGAUUCAGUGUAAAUACUAUUUAAUCUGAAGUGAUUCUCACUGGCACAGCUUUUGAAGGAAAUUGGUAAAGUCCACACACUGUGCAUUAGGCUUAAGUUGGACUAUUUAUGAGGCAGAAUGCGUUAAACUAUUCCACACGUUCACAGAUCUAGGUAGCCUGGUUGCAAAGCUGUUUGGACUGUAUAUGGCACUGGCUAUACAGGCCAGACAGAUCUGGGACCACAGGCUAUCUAUGGUUUAAGACCUCUGGUCUUUUGAUUUAGGCCUAGUAGCUUCAUAUGAAUUGAUUGUAUGGCAUUAUGUGGAGUGAGUUUAGUUUUGUUGGUUUGCUAUUUGAUAGCUAGACAUUUUUGCACCUUUUUUCGAUUGUUCUAUAAUCUUAUUUUAAUUUUGAGUAGAAAGGGGGUUAUUUGUUUUAAGUGUCAGCCAAAGCUUUUCUGUAUGUUUGCUCCAUCUGAUAAAAGUCUAGUCGGCGACUUUAAAAAAAAGAACAUAUAUGUGAGCCGCCUCAGGAGCAAUACAAUACAAUUCAACCAGCAGCCAUGUGCUCUUUACAGACAGGUUCCCACCUAUGCUAAGUCCAAUUUUAGGGCAAAACAUGACACUGAUUUAUUACUUCAUGGAUACAGCAGUGUCAAUGGUGUUGCUAUGAUGUCUUGUCAGAUAUUUGGUUUUACAUGGAUUUUAUCUUCAGUUAUAGGCAGUGCAUUAAACUUUAAUGAAUGUUUUUAGUUUGGAACAACUCCACAACGGUGGACUUUAAAUCUUGCCAUGCUCACCCAAAUGCCUCUUUUGGGUAGAGAUAAAAUAGUUAUCCUUAUGGGCCUGUAUGUAAGCAGAUUCUACACAUAACAAGUGGUUCACCUAUUGUGCAGAUACACAUAGUGAUUGUUUAACAGAGUGUAAAAGUGUCAAAUAAAUGAAUAAGCGUAUACUUGAAAAGUCAGGUUGUUUUGGUGAGAACUGUGUGUAUAUUUGUUUGUUAUUGACUAUGGGAGGGACAGCGACUACAAAUCUGGUAAUGACAAAGGAAAUUGCCGUCAAAAUCUCAAGCCCUACACCAUUGUUCUAAAAGUACCUAAGGCAACUUACUUGAUGAAUAUAUAUUUAUAUUGAAUAACUCAUCUCAAGUGUUCAGUGUUGCUUUCAUUGGAUUUGACUUGACCUUUGUCUCCCCAGUCCCUGUUGCACAGGAAGCCUCGUGUGUAUGAGUGUUUAUUGUUCCCCUGUGUAGGUGCAGGUCAACUUCAACAUUAACUCAUUAUUUUGAAUGUACCACAGGUGUAUACUGAUGUCAGUUUGUUUUCAUUCAAGUAUAUCUGCUUUAGCUGUGUGUUGCAGGCAAUGGAGAUGUAUUUAUUUCAAUGAUCAAACAAUAAAUAAAGAACUUUAAAUAUGGA